AACACUGCUGGUUUCUCUUCUUGAUACAAGCAGAUUUGCCAGCCUCCUCAGUCAAGAGAAGCAUCCCUCCAGAAACAGGGAAACAUGACACUUUUGAAAGAAUGCCAAACGGCGUGAAAAUAAAAACAGAGCAUUCCCAUUUGCACCGACCAAUCUCCAAUCUCCUGUAAGAUUCAAAAGGGCAAGCAAGAGGCGGUGACCGUUCACGAAAGCUAAAAUCCCAUGCUAUUGAACAUGAAGACUUCUGAUGCUUAAAUCUCAUUAACUGCUUUAAGUCACUCCCAGGAGCUUGGAUCCCAACUUCUAGCAGUAAUAGUCUGUGUAAAAAAAAAAAAAAAAUCAGUCUACAACCACUCUCUAAAUGCAUGGAUGAACUCAUCAGAACAUCAAAACCCAAGGAAACCCUAAGAGAGAAGAAUUCUAAUAAAAAGAAUUUUACAUUGAAAACUUACAAGGCAAGGUCCCUUUCCCUGCUGACAGCCUAAGAAGUGAUGUAACUGCCACUGUGAAGACCAUGGCGAUGAACAGCAUGUGCAUUGAAGAGCAGCGCCACCUCGAACACUAUUUGUUCCCGGUGGUCUACAUAAUUGUGUUUAUAGUCAGCGUCCCAGCCAACAUCGGAUCUUUAUGCGUAUCCUUUCUGCAAGCGAAGAAGGAAAAUGAGCUAGGGAUUUACCUCUUCAGUCUGUCCCUGUCAGACCUGCUGUAUGCGCUGACUCUGCCCCUCUGGAUCAAUUACACUUGGAAUAAAGACAACUGGACUUUCUCUCCCACCUUGUGCAAAGGAAGCGUUUUCUUCACCUACAUGAACUUUUACAGCAGCACGGCGUUCCUCACUUGCAUUGCCCUGGACCGCUAUUUAGCAGUCGUCUACCCUCUGAAGUUUUCCUUCCUAAGAACGAGAAGAUUCGCGUUUAUUACCAGCCUCUCCAUCUGGAUAUUAGAGUCCUUCUUUAACUCUAUGCUUCUGUGGAAAGAUGAAACGAGUGUUGAAUAUUGUGACUCGGACAAAUCUAAUUUCACUCUCUGCUAUGACAAAUACCCUCUGGAGAAAUGGCAGAUAAACCUCAACCUGUUUCGGACGUGCAUGGGCUACGCAAUACCCUUGAUCACCAUCAUGAUCUGCAACCAUAAAGUCUACCGAGCUGUGCGGCACAACCAAGCCACGGAAAACAGCGAGAAGAGAAGGAUCAUAAAGUUGCUUGCUAGCAUCACGUUGACUUUCGUCCUAUGCUUUACCCCCUUCCACGUGAUGGUGCUCAUCCGCUGCGUUUUAGAGCGCGACAUGAACGUCAAUGACAAGUCUGGAUGGCAGACGUUUACGGUGUACAGAGUCACAGUAGCCCUGACGAGUCUAAACUGUGUUGCCGAUCCCAUUCUGUACUGCUUUGUGACUGAGACGGGGAGAGCUGAUAUGUGGAACAUAUUAAAAUUGUGUACUAGGAAACACAAUAGACACCAAGGGAAAAAAAGGGACAUACUUUCUGUGUCCACAAGAGAUGCUGUAGAAUUAGAGAUUAUAGACUAAGAGGUGGAGGCAGGUUAAGUUACAUGGUAUUAUUUAAUGAAACUUACAUUUUGGAAAAGAAAUCUGGCAUAGUAGAACCCAGUGGAAAUAGUUUGAAGGUACAUUGUAUGACUCCUAUGUUGGCUUUAUUAAGUAAGGUAUAGAAAUGUAUUAUCUUGUAUGUAUUCUAAUGACUAGGCAUCAUUGUUUUAGUACCAAUUCUCUUUGCCUCUAUGUUAUAACCCCUAAGAAGCACGCGGGACUGUUCGUCUUUAAAUCAGUGGCCAUUCUAUCUGACUACUAUGACUUUUUGUUGUUGUUCUGCUUUGGGUUUUCAGUCUGCCUGCAUCAGUCUUCUCCUCUGUAUACGUCUGUCUUCAACAAAUGUAAGGACUAAAUACCCCUCCCGAUCACAUCCAUUAUCAAGGAUUUGAAGCCACUCCAUGUACUGGGUUAUAAAAGAAAUGUUCUCAUGAACUUUCAUGAAGUUUACAUACCUUUGGGGAUCUAGUCACCGAGUCACAUAAAGUAAAAGUAAAUGGAUUUUGUAUUUUGGUCUUGAUUUCUUUAUAUUUAUAGCUGAAUAUGUUUAUAUGGAUGAGUUUCCGUCCAGACAGAUAAAUAUUUAUGGGCAAUCUUA